UCCUGGCUGCAGCCGACGGUGGCUUCCUGCUCGCUCCUGCCCCUGACAAACGGCCCAUUCUCAUCACUGAUCAUGUGCCUCGCUCUCUGGCCGUCUCCGGCUCUGCAGCAGGAAGUCAGCCUUGUUUCCCCCCCCCCGCAUUUCUUUUCUCCCUCUUCCUGACAGCCCCUCUCCCUGCCUCAUUUUCACGCCGGCAGAGGCCCCUCCGCUCCGGCCCGCUCCGCUCGGCUCCUGCUGCCGGCCAGGGAGAGCAGGUCAUGGAGGCCCUGGCGGAGGAGAAGGAGCCGUCGCCGAUGGGCGAGUCUCUGCCUCUGCCCACCCUGAGCCCGGCCGUGCCUCCCUACGUCACCCUGGGCCUGACGGUGGUCUACACCGCCUUCUACUCCCUCCUCUUCAUCUUCGUCUACGUCCAGCUCUGGCUGGUCCUGCGGUACCGACACAAGCGCUUCAGCUACCAGACCGUGUUCCUGUUCCUGUGCCUGCUGUGGUCGGCCCUGCGCACCGUGCUCUUCUCCUUCUACUUCAAGAACUUUGUCACAGCCAACACGCUGGGGCCCUUCUCCUUCUGGCUGCUCUACUGCUUCCCCGUCUGCCUCCAGUUCUUCACACUCAGUCUCAUGAACCUUUACUUUGCGCAGGUUGUUUUCAAGGCAAAGUCGAAAUAUGCACCAGAGCUUCUAAGAUACAGGCUGCCGCUGUACCUGCUCUUCCUGUUCAUCAGCCUGGUGUUUUUACUGGUGAAUUUGGUGUGCGCCCUGCUGGUGAGGACGUCCUCCACAGAGGCCCGCACCAUCGUGCUCGUGAGGGUCGCGAUCAACGACACACUCUUUGUCCUGUGUGCCGUCUCGCUCUCCCUGUGUCUUUACAAGAUCGCUAAGAUGUCCCUGGCCAACAUUUACCUGGAAUCCAAGGGGACGUCAGUGUGCCAGGUGACAGUUAUCGGAGCCAUCGUCAUCCUCCUGUACUCAUCCAGGGCCUGCUACAACCUGGUCGUCCUGGGACUCUCUAACAAGAGCAUUAACUCCUUUGACUAUGACUGGUACAACGUUUCAGACCAGGCAGAUUUACAGUCGACUCUGGGCGACGCUGGCUACAUCGUCUUUGGAGUGAUCCUGUUUGUAUGGGAGCUGCUCCCCACUUCUCUCGUAGUUUUCUUCUUCCGAGUUCAGCAGCCUAACCUAGACAGGAGUGGCUCCGGGCUCCCUGGUCAUGUCUUCUCCUCCAGGGCUUACUUUUUCGAUAACCCACGGCGUUACGACAGCGAUGACGACCUAGCGUGGAGCGUCAUGCCUCAGAACAUCCAAGCCAGUCUGGCAGCGGACAGUUACGAGUGGGGGAGCCAAAGCAGCAGCAUCAGUGCUUACAUCGGAGGGGACGACAGUUACCACCUCCCUCCUCCUCCAGAGGAGCUCAGCCAUUACUGACUGCUGCUUACCGACUCACAGGGACUCCUGCUGACCUUGUUUUUUUUUU